GCCCCCUCCCGUGCGGCGCGCGGACCACGCCGACCGGAGCGGCGGCGGCGGCGGCGGCGGGAGCCCGGGAAGUGGAGGCGGGCGGAGGGCGGCAGCGGCGGCGCGCGGAGACGCAGCAGCGGCAGCGGCAGCAUGUCGGCCGGCGGAGCGCCUGGCGUGCCGCCCCCGAACCCCGCCGUGUCCUUCCCGGCGCCGCGGAUCACCCUGCCCGCUGGCCCCGACAUCCUGCGGACCUACUCGGGCGCCUUCGUCUGCCUGGAGAUUCUGUUCGGGGGACUCGUCUGGAUUUUGGUUGCUUCCUCCAAUGUUCCUCUACCUCUGCUCCAAGGAUGGGUCAUGUUCGUGUCCGUGACGGCUUUUACCCUUUCCCUCCUCUUCCUGGGGGUGUUCCUCUCUGGCAUGGUGACUCAGAUCGAUGCCAACUGGAAUUUCCUGGAUUUUGCUUACCAUUUUACAGUGUUCGUCUUCUACUUCGGAGCCUUUUUACUGGAAGCAGCAGCCACCUCCCUGCACGAUCUGCACUGCAAUACAACCAUGGCCGUGCAGCCGCUCCUGAGUAAUAACCAGUAUAACAUAAACGUAGCAGCUACAAUUUUUGCCUUCAUGACGACAGCUUGUUAUGGUUGCAGUUUGGGUCUGGCCUUACGAAGAUGGCGACCGUGACACUCCUCAGAAGCGCACUGUCUGUGUAUACACAGAAUCCAUUUUAAGACAACAGCCGUCAUAAAACCUGUGUCUGGUGGAAAUGCACAGGAAAGUGGUGUAGCCCACCUGCAGAGCCCCUGCUUGUGGAAAGGUGCCAAUGGCUGGAGUGGGAGAAGUCAGGCCCCAGUUCCCCCCACCCCCACUCUCUGCAAACAAGGUACUCAUCUCUUGCCCAGAGAGGGCUACCUCUGGGAAAAGAGGACUUUGUGAUUGUUCUGCACUUUCAACCCUUUGCUUUUUGUGGCUGAAUCACCCCGUACGAGUGCCACGGAUAAAUUGGACUAUUAGAUUUCAUGGAGCAUAGAACAAUCCUGAACGAGUAGCAUGAUCAAUGAUCAAACACUGUCUGUGUCCUAAUCCCCUAGAAGAAGGAAUCUUAUUAGAGUCCUUUUGUAAUGUUUUUCUAGUGAUAAAGGACACGUUUCAAUAUGUGGCAAGAGGAUAUCAGUCGUAGGACUUUAUACUUGUGCUAUAUCUGUUCUAUAAUAUCUGACUUCCUUGGUUUUUCUAGCGCCAUAUCACACACCUACACCUGUAUUAUGAAUUGUAUAUUACUAAGUCAUAAAUGUGCCAUAAGGAUAUAUAAUCCAUUCUGGUAUGAAUUGUUUAAUUAGUCUACUAGGUUUAGUCGUGAGAUUUUAUCUUCCAGAGCAUAACAGGUCCGUGCUUGAUGGCAUUAACUUAAAUGAUUUCAUGAAACUGCUUGAUGGCACUUUGUAAAUGGAUUGCUUCUCGAUCAUGAAGAACCAAGACUAAAACUCAUCUAACUGUGAAAACUUAGAUUUACAGAUUAAUUGUGUUCUAGAUUUGUGAGUUGUGUGGCAAAGCACUUGAAAAAAAUUAUGGCAUUUGAGAAUUUCUUUCUAGAGCUUAGCUCUAAAAAUGAGAAAGUGCUGGUUGGUUUUAAAAUCUGGUAACUCCAUGAUGAAAAGAAAUUUAUUUUAUAAGUGUUAUGAUGCUAAUAAAGUAUUCAUUUGAUAAUCUC